GAUCAGCGGUUAAAAAAGUUGAGGAACAGUUGGGAAAAAAGGCGAAAAAAAUGUCGAGAAAAAAGUCGGGAAAAAAGUCGAGAAAAAGGUCGAGAGAGAAAAAAUCGAGCACACAAUUUGCAUGGCACUUACCCGGCUCCGUGCAAACACUAAGACGGGUCUUACGGGGUGUGUUCACAUGAGAAAAAUCGCACCGGCGCGAGUUUCAUACCGGGAUGACUUUUUGAUUUCGUAUUACGUUCACAUGAUGACUGGGUCAUUUUGAAGGUACACUUCAUGUUGAGAUUUAUAAUCGCAAACAUCAUGCAUGCGCUACUCGUUCCAGUCUACCGGCAGACCGAUUUCACCCGGGAAUGGGUGGACGUUUCGCGUUUACCUGAUAUCGUUGCAAAAUCUCGUACCGGAGUGAAAUUCUCGCCUCGGUGCGGCAACCGGGGUGAACUCGCGCCGGGGCGACUCGCGCCGGCAUGACAUUUUGUGGUGGUAUCAUGUAAACAAAUGUCGAGCGAUCGGAGGGAACCGGAGUGAACCCGCCCCAGCGCGAAAGUCGCCCAGGUGUUAUGUAAACACCCCUACAGGUUUUAGGUCUUAGUUUUCGUUUGGAUCUCCGAUAAUCUGCAUGUGAUCUCCAGCUAAUAUAUAUUUGCGAACAAUUAUAUCUCUGUUCAGUCAGCAGACGUUAGCGGGGCGGGAACGCGUGACGAACCCCUAAGAACGUGUGAGCGGGAGGCUAGAAAGUGCUAACGCAUAAAUUUUUUCAAGCUUCACAAAGCGUUUUAAAACGAAGUUCUUUGCAGUCUUUUUGCAAAUCCGAGAAUCGUCCUAGCAUGUUUUUAACGUCUGCCAGGGUGUGUUAACUUUGAUGUUUUCAUUAGUCGUUUAGACAAGCUGUCGGACUAAUAAGGUCAUAAUAAUAUUCUAAGUUAUUUAAAUUUCCAACUAAGUGCUAAUAUUUGAUAAUAUGCUAAACAUGCUAAACGCCAUACUCAUUCCAUAGUUAUAAAAUACGCACAAAUUAGCUCCUCAGAGACAAAUGUCAAAAUCCGCAAUUAAAACGGAAUGCGGGAACACUCAAUAAUAGUGACCUUUUCGAGGGAGAGGUUUUAAUUCGCUCAAAUAUAGUCGUGUGUCUUAAAGAGAAGUAUAAAAUUACGAUAUGAGUAAAUUAAUGAGUUGUUAGUAAUAUAUUGUUCCAUUGAAAACGUGCUAAAUUAUUUUAUAAACAAACUGUUGGAGGUCUGGCGAAGCAAAUCGCCUCCUUUGGAUCGGUGUAGAAAUAUAAAUAGAUGAUAAUUUAGUUAGCCUUUUAUCAUCAGCGACUUUUAUCUACAAAUUUUAACUGCAAUGUUCAAAAUGAUCGCUGGAGCACAAGGUAAGCUUUUCAGCUGCCUUUCAGCUAAUAUUAAGCGUGCGUACAAAACGUUUUUAAACUUUUAAUUACUUCCACGCAUCGCGAAGUAAAGGAUUCGCGACGUUCAGGAAUGUCCCAAAGUUGCUUUUUUUGGGACAAGAUUGGGCACGGAAAUUCUGUUGGUUUUCGGUUUCAGUUCGACUAUUUGACGAAGUGAGAGCCGGAUUAUUUGUUCUAGUUAUCUCGAGAUCACUUCGAUUUCUUUGAUUUAUUCUUUAACUUUUUCGAGGAAGAAAGAAUUAUUAUUUUGGCUUUCACGGGGUUUAAACCGACUCACCUGUGUGACUCGUCAAAUAAGAGGACACUCUAAGGUGCUGUUUACAUGGAGGGAGGAAGAUCCUAGUACCAGGAAGAUCCUACAGGGCGGAUCAUCCUAGCGCCAUAUGUUUUCUGUAUUCAGUUUACAUGCAACGGUUGUACUUGUCCCUAGGACUAGAAUCUUCUUAGUACGGGGUGGUUUCGGCUAUUUCACGAAAUGACACCACAGAAGUUCAAGGGAGAGUUUGUUAUUAAAAAAACUUAAAAGUUCAAGUCACGUUCUGUGUUUACAAGUUUACCGAAGCCGUAAGAUAUCUGAAGUUCAAGUGAUAGUUUGUUAUUAUUGGCAGGGGCUGUUUAGUUUUAAUUAAGUUCAAGUCAAGUUUGUGUUGGAGGAUGUUGUGUUUUAAAGCUCUGUAAAGACUAUGUUCCUUUGGUACAGUACUAUAAACUUCUUUGUGUUAAUCCUGGCCUGCGUGCUUAUAGUCAGUGAAUGAUUGUCCUCAAAACAUUCGAACUCGUAAGUAACAUUGAGUUUUAGCCAAUUCCAUGCUCAACGUAAUUGACUCCUUACCCAUGCCUUACAUAUCUUUAAUCAGUACAUGAGACUGUUUAGGCUGUUUUUGAAGCAUGAUGUAAAAAAAAAAAAUAGAGAAUUCCUUUUUCACUGUUUUUUUAUUGUUAAACUUGUUACUCACCACCAGUCAUCAGAGCAUAACUGGGCUAAUAUUUCAGAGACAAUUUGCUCCGUAAUGCUAGUAAUGGCAAGUUGGCCUCUUGGAUGUUGCUCUUUUCAGAAUAUCCUGACAAAUCCGAUAAUUUCACAAACUGACACCUUACUUCCACCAUAUAUCAUUUCUUACUAUUCCUCCGCAUUUACAAUUAUUUCCACAACCACGACGCCGAAGUGUACGCUCCGUUUUUUAACAUGUCACUGUACGACUGCCUGUUCUACUGUCUACUCAAAAUCUGUGUUGUUAGAAUGAACUUACCUUCAAUUGAUUGUGACGAGAGCCAGACAGUCACUAGACUACUCAGCAAGAAUGAAAGAACUCGUGCCAUGUCGUGAAUUUAGCAUUUAAAUAUUUGCUGAAGAAUAGGUCCAAAUUAUGCUCAAAAGAUCGGAGUUCUCAGCAAAAGACCUUCUCUACAUACACUACUUCGGAAGAGCACAUGCACAUUUGGGACUUCCUGUUUGUUGGGUAAUUUCAUAUACCCCAUGAUGCUUCGCGGCUAAUUUCUGUCUUCUCUCAGCGGUGGAAAGAGCAUUCCAAGGGUUUCGAGGGAGAUUUUCAACGACCUGAAUUUCAAGAUGCAGCUCAGUCAAGGUAAGUUUCUAUGAGCCCUGUUAAUCUUUGGUAUCUGAUUGAUAAUGUAAAAUGUUUCCAUGGUCAUUUCACCCAUUAUUGUUCUCGUCUACGACCCUGUUAAGCCAUGCUGUUUUAACUCGCAAGUGAAUAUUUAUUGAGAUGACUUUUAAUUAUCGAAAACUGUGUUUAUUCUAGCAAAGUUUUGCCCUAAUGAAUUAUUUAAAUCUGCGUACAAGGAGUGCUUGAUACUGGUUCCAAGCGCCGACCUCUUUCGACCCCGCGAUUUUUAUGGGUUUUAUCGUUUUGAAAUAUCGCCCUUUCUCCGCUAAGAUGCAAGACGAAGGUUUCAAUUUCUUUAUGCUAAGUCCUGCGAAGAUGGGACAUUUUUUCUUGAAUUUUUCGCUGAUCAAAACACAAAUAUUAUCUCUUGAGGGUAUGGUGAAUGUUUGAAUUCAAUGGUUUAUAGUGUUAAAGCUUUUUUGAAAUUGGUUUCUCAUAUACAGGCCAGCAAAUGUCAUGGAAUAGCAUGCCCCAGGACCUCAACCGGCGUAUAAAACCUUUAAAGACAUUUUGAUGAUUCUUUUAGGAUCCAUUGUUGCGAAGAAGUGGGUGUUUUUGUAUAUGUAUUUUGCCAUUUCUUAAUAAAGCUUUGUUUAUGUUUGACGACAAUGAUUCUUAGCUGGUGUUGCGUUACGAAAUAUCUAGAGAUGUCUUUGUUAUCUCUAUUGUUUGUUCUGUUGUUCGUUGGAGCUAUUCCCCGCCUUUGAAUUUUAUCUCCGAUAGAAGUCACUUUGUACUUUAAUGGUCUCGGUAUCUUCUGCAUAAGCCGAGCUUGUUGAAGUAAAAGCAUGUGCGGUCACCCUACGGGUUGACUGCAUCGAUGAAUUAUUGAACUGACAAUAUGAGCACCGCGAUCACAAGCAACGAAUAGAAAUCUCACACCUAGAAUAUGUAUUUAUUUCAAGACAAGUACGUGGAACUCGCUUGUUAAUCCAUGGAGAGCUUUAUCAACGCACGUUAAAACAGGACGUGCUGAAGCAAAGACCUUCCUUGUUAUCUAAGAACAUUUGCGUGGACUGCCUUGCUAUCGUAAGCUAACUCAUAGUCGGCCGCCGAAACACUCUCUUUGACUUAACAAGAGAUAUAUUUGGUAUGGUAAAACGAAAAUCGUAAAUAGAUCGACACAGCAAAGGUACAGAAAGUUUUAACGGCAAAACAAGUCGCUUUCGCUUUCGCAUUCCACCGUUGUUGAACUGAUAGGAUCACGUGCGUGCGGAAGCUUGAUAAUAUAGUAUGAAGCGAUGCAGCAUGGGAUAUAUGAAAUUCCCCUCUUUGGGUAAUCGUAAAGUUCCGAAGUUAGCCAGACUGCAGAGAAUAUUUCCGGCGAGCAUUCAAUUGACAACCUCAUCCUUUGGAGUCAAGGACAGAGGCCAGAGUAAGUUAUACGGUGGCCCACAACUGCCACGGCAAAACCAAAAACCUCACGGCAAAACCGAAAACCUCACGGCAAAAACAAAAUACCUCACGGCAAAACCGAAAACCUCACGGCAAAAACAAAAUACCUCACAACAAAACCAAAAACCUCACGGCAAAACCAAAUACUUCACACGGCAAUACCUCACUUUAUUUUAUCUCUGUUUAUGACGUAACCAAUUCUCUGAAAAAGUCAUUUGUGUAGACAGUAGGAUCUCUUUCUAUCCUAGUAGGUGAUUACCUCUAUAAUCUUUUAAGCCACCAGUCUCGGAUCCAAAAGUGCUUUCGGGAAUUUGACAGUAGUGUACUAUGUUGUUUUUACGCCGUUUUGGUGGAUUCCCUUUGGAUUCCCUCGCAAAAAGUGUAUUCCCUUCAUUACAUAUGCAGGAUUCCCUCGCAAAAAGUGCGUUCCUCCAUACUCUCCAUUUCUAAUGAGCGUCUCUGUUAUACAAUAGAAACAAAAACUUUGCCUAGACUUGCCCGGUAAGUAACUUUAGUAUAAAAAAUAUCAGCAAGUCCACAGCGACAAACCAAUGAGUGGUGCCGGAUCUCCCAGUUGUAGACCUGGAUCAGCAUAAUAACAAGUAACUUUAGCCCAGUUUGUCGGACCGUCUAUUAAAAAAAUAGGAAUAAGAGGAGCGACCACCUAGCAACGCGAGAAACCGCUUAUGUCUUCUAUUUAGCGCUAAAAAUCGAACAUAACCAAAACACAUACACAAAGAAAAGCUGAAAACUCUUUAUGUCAAUUUUGACUAACUAUUACAAAACUGUUUUCUCCGCUCUCAGCCAGACCAAACGGACAGCCUUGACUUAUUAUAAAGACACAAAACAAUGAAAAAAACUUAUGAAGGGUUAAUUGAAACACGCGACUAAUAAAUACUCGCAAUAAAACCAGACACUUUUCUUUUAAAGACACAAUAAAUUAACUUUAUGACCCUUUAAUAAUUGCAAAAAGAUAAAAUACUCAGUGAUUUGAAAGAAAUCCAUUAAGUAGACAAACAAAGGCAAUCCGUCUUUUUUUUUUUACGCUACGUUUCCUCAUCAUUUUUUUUUAUUCUCUUCUCCACAAUUUUGUUAUUUUCCCUCCUCAAUUUUUUUUAUUCUUUCAACCGGGGGUCUUACCACGAGGGGUCUUACGACUAGGAGUCUUACAACCAGAGGUCUUACCACCAGGGGUCUUACCACCAGGGGUCUCACAACCAGGGGUCUUACAACCAGGAGUCUUACAGCCAGGGGUCUUACGACCAGGGGUCUCACAACCAGAGGUCCUACCAUUAGGAAUUUUACAACCAGGGGUCUUGCUAUUAGGAGUUUAACAAUCAGGGGUCUUAGUAUUAGGAGUUUUACAACCAGGGUUCUUAAGACCAGGAGUCUUACAACCAGGGGCCUUUUGUUAUUAUUAUCAUAUUGCCUCUUUGAACCUGCCGAUAAUUAUCCAUUUGAACAACGUUUUGAUUUAGAAACCCUUGGAUGUAAGAAGUCUAGAGCAUAAGAACCCCGGAACGUACCAACUUUUGGAAGUAAAAAAUCCUGGAGGUAAUGACCCCUAAACGAAAGAAACGUUGAACGUUAGAACCCCUUGAUGUAAGAUUUCUGAGCGGAAGAACUCCUCAUGUUACCAACCCUUGGACGUCAAAAUCCUAAACGUACACUGCUGUUUUGUCAUAAAAAUGUUUUAGCAUGUUUAAAUUGGAAAUGAAGGGUGCUUUUUUAAAUUUUUCGCCAUGAAGUCAAUAGAUAACAACUAUCCAUCACAAGUUCGUGCUAAAGGUCUAGGUCUUGGACCAUUUUUUAACUUGUAGGAAAGAUAUUUUGCAGUUCUUCAGAAGAAUCAUAAUCUUGUGAGUGGAGGUCGUGAUACUGAGCUGAACUGUCAUCGUUGACCAAGUUAGCUUCACUGUUACCUAGUCUUUUUCGUACUCGUCUUUCGAGUCUCUUGCGUCUAAUGAAGCAAACAAUGACCAGCGCAAUUACGAGAAUAAGCGUGAUCAGAACUGGAAUUAUAACGUUUAUAGGAGCGGCGGAGGAACCAGUCUGUGUUUCUAAUGAGCCUGAAACUGAAAGUUAAAUAAGAACUUUGAGAAUUCGAAGCAUUACCGACGCUAAAACAAAACGUUAGACAACUCGCGCAAAAACCCAUUAGCACGAACGUUUUGCCCAAAAUCUCUAGAGCCCAUUAUGAAAACACCUAGUAUGUUACUUUCCACAAAUAUAUUGUCACUCCAAGAUACUUUAUUCCGCCAAAAACACGAGAAAGAAACUUCAAAAUGCUAUACUACAACUACCUUAAGUUGUUUCGUGAUUGUCACAUACUACAGCAAAAUUUACGAACUUAAUUUCUUCUUAAGUUAUUGUCAAUUCUUUAACUAACUUUGCAUGCUUUAAUAUUGUAUAUGUAAAACAGAAGCAAUUAAUUGGAACUUGAGUAUUCAGCCGCGAGUGGAGAAGAGUAACAAAAGUAAGUUUCGUCUUAAAAUUGCAAUUAAGCUUGAGGGCUAAUCGUCUAAGAUUGGGAGAUAGUAAUCCGGACUUGGUAGGGCGUUGUCCGGACACCUAAAAAACAACUGCAAGCCAUCUACAUUUUCCUUACCGGGUGUUGGUGUUGGUGUUGGUGUUGGUGUUGGUGUAGCAAUCGUUGAAACAUUCAGCGACUGAUUUGCUGUAGAAGAAGAGAGACAAUGUUUACGGUCAUUAAGAGAACCUAUUCUGUAUAUCAGCUCCUUCCAGUUUAAGAUAUGUUUUUUAUCUAUGCAAUUAUAUUGCUAAAGUUAGAACACAGAGGAUUAAAAAGUAACACAGAAGAAAACAGGGUAACAAGCGCAACCAGGUCAACAAAGGGUAACAAGGGUAACAAGGGUAACAAGGGUAACAAGGGUAACAAAGGGUAAAAAGCGUAACAAAGGGUAACAAGGGUAACAAGGGUAACAAGGGGUAACAAGAGUAACAAGGGUAACAAAGGGUAACAAAGGGUAAAAAGGGUAAAAAGUAACAAAGGGUAACAAGGGUAACAAGGGUAACAAGGGUAACAAGGGUAACAAAGGGUAACAAAGGGUAAAAAGGGGUAACAAAGGGUAACAAGGGUAACAAGGGUAACAAAGGGUAAAAAGGGUAACAAAGGGUAACAAGGGUAACAAGGGUAACAAGGGUAACAAACAAAGGGUAAAAAGGGUAAAAAAGGGUAACAAAGGGUAACAAGGGUAACAAAGGGUAAAAAAGGGUAAAAAGGGUAAAAAGGGGAAAAAAGGGUAACAAAAGGGUAACAAAGGGUAACAAAGGGUAACAAAAGGGUAACAAAGGGUAACAAAAGGGUAACAAAAGGGUAACAAAAAGGGUAACAAAGGGUAAAAAGGGUAACAAAGGGUAACAAGGGUAACAAGGGUAAAAGGGUAACAAAGGGUAAAAAGGGUAACAAAGGGUAA